AUGUACUACCAUGGCGUUGGAAGUCUUAUGGUGACGGAGGUCAGUUUGAUGUUCGCUGAUCCUGGUUUUGACACUGCGGCCCGUUUCACCAAAGCAGGCCAUGACUACACUCAGGGAGGAGCCCAUGGCAAGACCACUAAUUUGCUGCGGUGGCUAGAGAUGACGUAUUCGAUUAAGCCCUUGCUUUCCUGCCCGGUGCUGAAUUUGGGCCAAGGGAAAAGGCUUCUUUUUCGAGAGAGUCAGGUGUUUAAACGACAUGUUUCUGAGAAGAUCACUUCGUCCAGCUUUAGUCCAUCUGCUCUUGCAUAUACGAUCCACAAGAAAGCGUCGAGCCCAUCCAGCGGUGAAUCUGGAAGCUUCUCUCUGCCAGGCACUCCAAAGGCUCUACAAUUAAGUUCACUGCCUGUCCCGCAGGAGUAUGGAGUGGUGUUGGAGCGUCUGGCUGCAGUGCAGAGCCUGAACCUGACGGUGAGCGACGGAAGUUGGCAACAGGAGCCCCAUAGCGAGAACUGGCGGACCCUGCGUGCUUACGAGGAGGCCGUUUCUGCUUACCGCGCCACUUGGAUAGAAGUUGACACCAUGAUGCGCCUGCGCUCUGUUGUUAAUAAGGGAGAAGUCAGCCUUAACUGUGGAGGAACACCACCGCCCGGAGGAACACCACCGCCCGGAGGAACACCACCGCCCGGAGGAACACCACCGCCCGGAGGAACACCACCGCCCGGAGGAACCCCUCCCCCGGAGGAACACCACCGCCCGGAGGAACACCACCGCCCGGAGGAACACCACCGCCCGGAGGAACACCACCCCGGAGGCACCCCCCCGGGGAACACCACCCAGGAACCCCACCCCCCGGAGGAAACACCCCCGCCCGGGGGAAACACACCCCCGGGGAAACACCCCCCGGGGGAAAACCCACCCCCCGGAGAAAAACCCCACCGGGAGGAACACCCCGCCCGGGGGAAACCCCCGCCCGGGGAACACCACCCCCGGAGGCCCCCCCCCGGGGAAAACACACCCCCCGGGAGGAACACCACCCCCAGGGGGAACACCACCCCCCGGGGGAACACCCCACCAGGGGGAAAACACCUCCCCAGGGGAACACUCCCCCGGAGGAAACCCACCACCACCAGGAGGAAACACCCCCGCCCGGGGGAAAACACCUCCCCCGGAGGAACCCCCUCCCCCGGAGGAACACCUCCCCCAGGGGGAAACCCCACCGGAGGAACACCCCCCCGAGGAACCCCAACCCCAAAAGAGGAACACCCCCCGGAGAACACCCCCACCGGGGAACACCCCAAGGAAAAAACCUCCACCAGGGGAACACCCCCCCAGGGGGAAACCCGCCGGAGGAACACCACCCGGAGGAACACCACCGCCCGGAGGAACACCCCCGGGGGAAACCCCAAAGGGGGCCCGGAAAAACACCCCCCGGAGGAACCCACGCCGGGGGAAAACACCCCCCCCGGAGGAAACACCCACCGGGGGAAACCCCACCGCCCGGGGGAAACACCACCCCGGAGGAACACCCCCGCCCCGGAGGAACCCACCCCCCGGGGAAAAACACCAAACCCCCGAGGAAACACCCCCGGAGGAACCACCCCCAGGAAACAAAAAACACCCCCGCCCGGGGGAAACACCCCCGGGGGAAAACACCACCCCGGAGGAAACACCCCCCCGGAGGAACACCCCCCCGGGGAACACCCCCCCGGAGGAACACCCCCGGAGGAACCCACCCCCCGGAGGAACACACCGCCGGAGGAAAACACCCCCGGGGGGAAAAACCCCCCGCCCGGGGAAAACACCCCCCGGGGGAAACCCCCACCCCCCGGGAGGAACACCACCCCCCGGAGGAACACCACCCCCCGAGGAACCCCACCGCCCGGAAAGGAACACCACCUCCCGGAGGAACACCACCCCCAGGAGGAAACACCUCCACCCGGAGGAACACCACCCCGGGGAACACCACCCCCGGAGGAACCCCACCGCCCGGAGGAACACCCCCCCCCCCAAACACCCCCCCCGGAGGAACCCCACGCCGGGGGAACACCUCACCAGGGAAACAUCCCCCGGGGAAAAAAACACCCCCCCGGAGGACACCACCCCCCGGAGGAAACCAGCCGGGGGAACACCCCCCGGGGGGAACACCCCCACCAGGGGGAAACCCCCACAGGAGGAACACCCCACCAGGAGAACCCACCACCCGGAGGAAAAACCUCCACCAGGGGGAACACCCCACCGGGAGAACACCGGGAAACCCCACCCAGGGGAACACCCCCCCCGGAGGAACCCCACCCCCCGGGGGAACCCCCCGCCGGAGGAACACCCCACCGGAGGAACCCCACCCCGGAGAACACUCCCCCAGGAGGAACACCCCCGCCCGGAGGAACACCACCGAACACCCCCCGGGAACACCCCCCGGAGGAACACCACCGCCCGGAGGAACACCCCCCGGGGGAAACCCCACCCCGGGGGAAAAACCCCCCGGAGGAACAACCCCCGGAGGAACACACCCCCGGGGAAAACCACCCCGGAGGAAACCCCCCGGGGGAAACACCCCCGGAGGAAAAACCCCACCCCCGGGGGAACACCACCGCCGGAGGAACACCCCCCGGAGAACACCCCCCGGAGGCACCCCCGCCCCCGAAGGAACACCCCCCCGGAGGAAACCACCCCCGGGGGAAACACCUCCACCGGGAGGAACACCCCGCCCGGGAGGAACCCACCGCCGGGGGAAACCCACCCCCCGGAGGAACCCCACCCCCGGAGGAACACCCCCAAAGGGAGGAAACCACCCCCGGGGGAAAACACCCCCGCCGGAGGAACACAACGCCGGAGGAACCCCACCCCCCGGGGAAACCCCACCCCCCGGGGAAAACCACCGCCGGGGAACCCACGCCGGGGGAAAACCCACCCCCCGGAGGAACCCACCCGCCGGAGGAACACCACCUCCCGGAGGAACCCCACCCCCAGGAGGAACACCUCCCCCAGGAGGAACACCCCCGCCGGGGGAAAACACCACCCCCCGGAGGAACCACCACGGAGGAACACCCCCCCGGAGGAACACCCCCGCCGGAGGAAACCACCCCCAGGGGGAACACCACCGCCGGAGGAACCCCACCGCCGGGAGGAACACCCCCCAGGGGAAAACCCCACCCCCCAGGAGGAACACCCCCGCCAGGAGGAACCCCACCGCCAGGAGGAACACCACCCCGGGGGAAACCCCCAGGAGGAAACCCCCAGGGGGAAACCCCCACGCCGGGGGAAACACCACCGCCGGGGAAAACACCACCCAGGAGGAACCCACCCCAGGGGAACACCCCCCAGGAGGAACACCCCCCAGGGGGGAACACCCCCCAGGAGAACACCCCCCAGGAGGAACACCUCCACCCGGGAGGAACACCACCGCCAGGAGGAACCCCCCCGGAGGAACACCCCCAGGGGGAAAACCCCACCCCAGGGGAACACCCCCCCCGGAGAACACCCCCCAGGGGGAAACACCCCCAGGGGAACACCACCCCCCCAGGAGGAAACCCCACCGGGGGAAAACACCACCCGGAAAAACAAACCUCCCCCAGGGGAACACCCCCCAGGGGGAAACCCCCCACCCCACCAGGAGGAACCCCCCCAGGGGAACACCCCCCAGGAGGAACACCUCCCCCCGGAGGAACACCACCGCCAGGAGGAAACCCCCGAGGAACACCACGCCGGGAGGACACCACCCCAGGGGAAAACCACCCGGGAGGAACCCCACCGGGGAAACCCCCGCCGGAGGAAAACACCACCCCCGGGGACACCCCCCCGGAAAAAACCCUCCCCGGGCCCCCCCGCGGGGCACCCCCCGGGGGAACCCUCCCCCGGGGAACACCCCCGGGGAACACCCCCCGGAAAAACCCCCCGCCAGGGGAAACCCCACCCAGGGGCCCCCCCCCGGGGGAACACCACCCCCAGGAGGAAACCCCCCCGGGGGAAAACACCCCACCAGGAGGAACCCCCCAGGAGGAAACCCCCCGGGGAGGAACCCCCCCCGGGGAAAACCCCCACCAGGGGGAAACCUCCACCAGGGGAACACCUCCCCCGGAGGAACACCCCCCCAGGAGGAACACCUCCACCAGGAGGAACACCUCCACCAGGAGGAACACCUCCACCGGGGAACCCACCCCCGGGGAGGAAAACCACCCGGGGAACCCCCCGCCAGGGGCCCCCCCCAGGGGAACCCCCCACCAGGAGGAACCCCCCCGGAGGCCCACCCCCCCGGGGCCCCCCCGGAGGAACAGGAGGAACACCACCCCAGGAGGAACACCCCCAGAGGAACCCCCCCCGGGGAACACCCCCCGGGAGGCCCCCCGCCAGGGGAACCCCCCCGCCAGGGGAAACCCCACCAGGAAAAAACCCACCCCCCAGGGGAACACCCCCGCCGGAAAAACCCCCCCCGGAGCCCCACCGCCGGGGGAAACCCCCCCCCGGGGGAAAAACCCCCACCCCGGAGGAACACCCCCCCGGGGGCCCCCCGCCAGGGGAACACCCCCGCCGGGGAACACCCCAGGGGGAAACCCACCCCCCGGAGGAACCCACGAGGAGGAACCCACCGCCAGGAGGAACACCCCCGCCAGGAGGAAACCCCCCAGGGAAACCCCCCCGGGAGGAACCCCCCCAGGGGGAACCCACCCCCCAGGAGGAACACCACCCCGGAAAACACCCCCCGGAGGAACACCACGCAGGGGAACCACCGCCAGGAGGAACACCACCGCCAGGAGGAACACCACCGCCAGGAGGAACACACCCCCGGAGGAACCCCCCCCGGGGAAAACCCCCCCGGAGGAACACCACCGCCCGGAGGAACACCUCACCAGGAGGAACACCCCCCCCCGGAGGAACCCCUCCCCCCGGAGGAAACACCUCCACCAGGAGGAACACCUCCACCAGGAGGAACACCACCGCCAGGAGGAAAAACACCUCCCCAGGGGGAAAACACCUCCCCCCAGGAGGAAACCCCCCCAGGAGGAACACCCCCAACCAGGAGGAACCCUCCCCAGGGGGAACUCCUCCCCCAGGAGGAAACACCUCCCCCAGGAGGAACACCUCCAAGGGGAAACCUCAACCGGGGAGGAACACCCCCACCAGGAGGAAACACCGCCGGGAGGAACCCCACCCAGGAGGAACCCACCCCAGGGGGAACCCACCCAGGGAACCCUCCACAGGGGGAAAAACACCACCCCCAGGAGGAAAAACCCCCGCCAGGGGGAAAAACCCUCCCCAGGAGGAAACCCCCCCGGGGGAAAACCCCACCAGGGGAACACCACCCCCAGGGGGAACCCCCGCCAGGGGAACCCACCCCCGGGAGGAACCCCCCGCCAGGGGGAACCCCACCAGGGGGAACACCACCCAGGAGGAACACCCCCCGAGGAACACCACCCCCCGGAGGAAACCCCCCCCGGGGAAAAAACACCCCCCGGAGGAACACCCCCAGGAGAACCCACCCCCAGGGGAAGCCACCGCCAGGGGGAAACGCCACCGCCAGGAGGAACGCCACCGCCAGGAGGAACACCCCCAGGAGGAACACCCCCCAGGAGGAAACCCACCGCCAGGGGGAAAACACCACCCCCAGGAGGAAACCCCAAAAGGAGAAACACACGCCAGGAGGAACCCCCACCGCAGGAGGAGGAAAACCCCCGCCGGAGGAAAACCCCCCAGGGGAACCACCGCCGGGGAACCCCCGCCAGGAAAAACCCCCCCGCCGGGGAACCCCCGCCAGGAGAACCCCACCCCCAGGGGGAAACACCUCCCCGGGAGGAAACCUCCCCAGGGGGAAACCCACCGCCAGGAGGAACACCCCCCCAGGAGGAACACCCCCACGAGGGGGAAAAACCACCACCCCAGGAGGAACACCACCGCCAGGAGGAACACCUCCCCCAGGGGGAAACACCCCACCAGGGGGAAAACACCUCCACCGGGAGGAACCCUCCCCCAGGGGGAACACCCCCCGGAGGAACACCCCCCAGGGGAACACCACCCCCAGGAGGAACACCUCCCCCGGAGGAACACCACCCCAGGGGGGACACCCCCCAGGAGGAACAACCGCUCCAGGGGGAACCCCACCCCCGGGGGAACACCCCCCAGGAGGAAAAACCCCCCCCAGGAGGAACACCCCCAGGAGGAACACCACCCAGGAGGAACACCCCCCGGGAGGAACCCCUCCCCAGGAGGAACACCCCCCAGGGGGAACCCCCCCGCCAGGAGGAACACCUCCCCAGGGGAAACCCCCCAGGGAAAAACCCACCGCCAGGAGGAACACCCCGCCAGGAGGAACACCACCGCCAGGAGGAACACCACCGCCGGGGGAAAACCCCACCCCCAAGGAAACACCCCCGCCAGGGGGAAAACCCCAAACCGCCAGGAGGAACACCACCGCCAGGAGGAACCCCACGCAGGAGGAACACCUCCGCCAGGAGUGACUCCAACUGGUGUCCCCAUUGCAUAGUCAAAAGAGGUACGGUGCUUUCCAGUACAAGAGUCCAGGGGGCACUGAAUGAAUUCCAGGGAGUGUUCCCGACUCCGAGGGAGAGAGCUUUUGGGCCCAAAGAAAGGGGUGAAUGCUUGGAUCGGCAGCUGGCCCUCGGCGAUCAUCUGCGCUUGGUGCAGUGGUUGCUGCAGCUGAUGGCUGUCAGUCCUACCAACGAAGAAGUGCAAGCUACUCUAAGAUGCCAUACAUCCCUCGCCGCACAAGCCUUCAUCUUGCGACUCAAGGAGGAUGAAUCACCAACGCCUGGAGGAGGUCAGCAGCCGCCUCGGAAAUCUGAGGGAAAGAUGGUUGGAGCUCCUGUCUGGCAUAAGUUUCUAGAGCGAGCGGUGCCAAAAGGCCCAUCUACCUUGGAGACCCUUUGGAUUUCUUCCUUUAAAUUUUCAUAUUUCUUCUGA